UGGCAAUCUCUGGAAUCCCCAGCCCUUCCCCUCAAUACGGCUUUGCCUCUGAGAUCACAAAAGCUGUGUCCCCAACCCACACGCGCACGCACACACACACACACACACACGUUAGACUUCUUAAAUCUAGAGGCUCAGAAGAUGACAAACGCCCGCAUCUCCAGCUGCUCCAACUCUUUCCUCCUCCCUUUUGACAGAUGAGAAAACUGAGGCCCCGCGCUGGGAUUUCCAGAGCCCGGGAUUUCCCAGCCCUCCCACUCCCAGCCUCCAGCCACUCCCGCCCCUCUUGCCCAGCGCGGUCUGCGGCAGCUCCGCGGGGUCGCCGGCGAGGGCCGGCUGGGACUCCCGGGGGACCCCGCCGUCGGAGCAGCCCCCCGCGCUCGGCGCCGCCCCGCCUCGCCGCCGUGCACUCGCCGGGGAGCCAGCCACCGAGGGCGGAGGCGGGGAGAGAGCGACCGAGCCUGGGAGGGGUGCUGGCAAGAGCUCGCGCGCUGUGUAUGGUCUGUCAGAGGCAGCUGACCUUUGAGGAGGAAAUCGCUGCUCUCGGCUCCUUCCUGUAGUAACAGCCGCCGCCGCCGCCGCCGCCAGGAGCCCCGGCCCGGAGCGAGCGCCGGCCCCGUCGCCGGACCGCCCGGCACGACCAGGUGAACGGACAUGGCGGGCUGGAUCCAGGCCCAGCAGCUGCAGGGAGAUGCCCUGCGCCAGAUGCAGGUGCUAUACGGGCAGCACUUCCCCAUCGAGGUCCGGCAUUACUUGGCGCAGUGGAUUGAGAGCCAGCCGUGGGAUGCCAUCGACCUGGACAAUCCCCAGGACCGGGCCCAGGCCACCCAGCUCCUGGAGGGCCUGGUGCAGGAGUUGCAGAAGAAGGCAGAGCACCAAGUCGGGGAAGACGGGUUCCUACUGAAGAUCAAGCUGGGGCACUACGCCACGCAGCUCCAGAACACGUACGACCGCUGCCCCAUGGAGCUGGUGCGCUGCAUUCGCCACAUUCUGUACAAUGAGCAGAGGCUGGUCCGAGAAGCCACCAAUGGUAAUUCUUCUGCUGGGAUCCUGGUUGAUGCCAUGUCCCAGAAACACCUUCAGAUCAACCAGACAUUUGAGGAGCUGCGACUGGUCACACAGGACACAGAGAAUGAGCUGAAGAAGCUGCAACAGACUCAAGAGUAUUUCAUCAUCCAGUAUCAGGAGAGCCUGAGGAUCCAGGCUCAGUUUGCCCAGCUGGCCCAGCUGAACCCCCAGGAGCGACUGAGCCGGGAGACAGCCCUCCAGCAGAAGCAGGUGUCCCUGGAGGCCUGGCUGCAGCGCGAGGCCCAGACGCUGCAGCAGUACCGCGUGGAGCUGGCCGAGAAGCACCAGAAGACCCUGCAGCUGCUGCGGAAGCAGCAGACCAUCAUCCUGGAUGAUGAGCUGAUCCAGUGGAAGCGGCGGCAGCAGCUGGCGGGGAACGGAGGCCCCCCCGAGGGCAGCCUGGAUGUGCUACAGUCCUGGUGUGAGAAGUUGGCGGAGAUCAUCUGGCAGAACCGGCAGCAGAUCCGCAGAGCCGAGCACCUCUGCCAGCAGCUGCCCAUCCCCGGCCCCGUGGAGGAGAUGCUGGCUGAGGUCAACGCCACCAUCACGGACAUCAUCUCAGCCCUGGUGACCAGCACAUUCAUCAUCGAGAAGCAGCCCCCUCAGGUCCUGAAGACCCAGACCAAGUUCGCGGCCACCGUGCGUCUGCUGGUGGGCGGGAAGCUGAACGUGCACAUGAACCCGCCCCAGGUGAAGGCCACCAUCAUCAGCGAGCAGCAGGCCAAGUCACUGCUCAAGAACGAGAACACCCGCAAUGAGUGCAGCGGGGAGAUCCUGAACAAUUGCUGUGUGAUGGAGUAUCACCAGGCCACAGGCACCCUCAGCGCCCACUUCAGGAACAUGUCCCUCAAGAGGAUCAAGCGAGCUGACCGGCGAGGCGCAGAGUCUGUGACGGAAGAGAAGUUCACGGUCCUGUUUGAGUCUCAAUUCAGUGUUGGCAGCAAUGAGCUUGUGUUCCAGGUGAAGACCCUGUCCCUUCCUGUGGUUGUCAUCGUUCACGGCAGCCAGGACCACAAUGCUACCGCCACCGUGCUGUGGGACAAUGCCUUUGCUGAGCCGGGCAGGGUGCCAUUUGCGGUGCCUGACAAAGUCCUGUGGCCGCAGCUGUGCGAGGCGCUCAACAUGAAAUUCAAGGCCGAGGUGCAGAGCAACCGGGGCCUGACCAAGGAGAACCUGUUGUUUCUGGCGCAGAAGCUGUUCAACAACAGCAGCAGCCACCUCGAGGACUACAACGGCAUGUCUGUGUCCUGGUCCCAGUUCAAUCGGGAGAACUUGCCCGGCUGGAACUACACCUUCUGGCAGUGGUUCGACGGGGUCAUGGAGGUGCUGAAGAAACAUCACAAGCCCCACUGGAAUGACGGGGCCAUCCUAGGUUUUGUGAACAAGCAACAGGCCCAUGACCUGCUCAUCAACAAGCCCGACGGUACCUUCUUGUUGCGCUUUAGCGACUCAGAAAUUGGGGGCAUCACCAUUGCCUGGAAGUUUGACUCUCCUGACCGUAACCUGUGGAAUCUGAAGCCAUUCACCACGCGGGAUUUCUCCAUCCGAUCCCUGGCCGACCGGUUGGGGGACCUGAACUAUCUCAUCUACGUGUUUCCCGACCGGCCCAAGGAUGAGGUCUUCUCCAAGUACUACACUCCUGUGCUUGCUAAAGCAGUGGACGGAUACGUGAAGCCGCAGAUCAAGCAAGUGGUCCCUGAGUUUGUGAGCGCCUCUGCAGACUCUGCUGGAAGCAGCGCCACCUACAUGGACCAGGCUCCCUCCCCAGCCGUGUGCCCCCAGCCUCACUAUAACAUGUACCCACAGAACCCUGACCCAGUGCUCGACCAGGAUGGAGAAUUCGACCUGGACGAGACCAUGGAUGUGGCCCGGCACGUGGAAGAACUCCUCCGCCGCCCAAUGGACAGUCUGGACCCCUCUCUCCCCCCGCCCACUGGUCUCUUUACUCCUGCCAGAGGCUCGCUCUCCUGAAUGUUUGUUCGAACACUGCACUCCUCUGUGGGAACAAUCCCCAGUGUGCAGGGUCCUAUUCAUUGUGAUUUUGUGUUUGUAUCUCUGUGCAUACUGAUGCCUUUGCAGGCAGCCCAUGUACACGUGUAGACGUGCGCGCGUUUGUGUACCAGGUGUGCCCACUUCGCCUCCGCAGUCCUAGGUGUGCGGCCGCCUUGUUCUUCUGCAGAUGAAGGCAUUCCGAGAGCUCACUGGGCCUGUCUGUGUGGGAGAGACCAAGCCGCCUCUGUGGUCCCAGGUACGCCAGGCAGGCAGACCUAUUCCUGCCAGAGCCUUAGUCUGCUCAGCAGCUGUUUGAAUGGAAUUAUUUGCGAAGGGAAAGGAGACAGGUAAUUUCUCUAAGCUCAAGUUUUAUUCCUGAGUUAGCAGCUUCGCCUCUCAAUUGUGUGCGUGGAUCUGCUCUGGUACAGUGUUGGUCUUUUGAUUCUUCCCCUCAGGAGGGAGAUGAUGAGUGAUAUUUUAUACCUUAUCUUAUGAAUAGGGACUCCAGAGUUUUUGUGAACUGAGAGCUUAUCUAGGCUGUGGUUAUGUCCCUAAACACCACAGAAAGGGGUCUUUUGCCUCGGGCCUGCAGUUCCCUGGCCUCUUGGUCCCCAGCCAGGGGUCUCCGGCUUCAUGUCUAUAAUGCUGCUGCCUACGUUCGUGCUCUUCAUUUCCCUGACCCCAAUCCCAUUUCCUCCAUCUGGCCCCAGCCUUCUUUCCUUGCCUCUCUGUCUCCAACCUUGCUCACUAUGGAAGAAGUUGGGGGAGGGGGAGAGAGGUCCAGGGCUUGCAGGGUUGAUCCCCUCUCCUGGAAAAAACCUGCAGCAAGAGGCAGCACCAGCGACUUGGUGUGCGCCUGUGGAGUCUGGAGGAGAGAGAGGUAAAAGCUGAUGGCGUUCUGCUCUGCUGGGAGGGGGAACUUGGAAUAGGGCUUCUUCGCAGUUGCAUAACUGACUGUGGUCUGAGAAGGCCCCUCCCUCUGAAGCUGCCGCCCACAGGCAGCCCCAGGGCAGCUGACAGCCGAGUCCUGGAAAGGGUCCCAAGUUGAAACAUCUCUCAAGGAAGGUGGAGACAAGAAGCAGGAUUCUUUUGUACUUUGUACAUAGGCUACACAUUUGUGUAAACAGUUUUUGAAUAAAAUAUUUUUUUUCGUAAA